ACUAGGCGCCAGUCGCUCUGGUUUGUUUUGAUGGCUGAAGGAUAACUGGAGACUGAACGGUGCGGUCUUUAUUGUUUGUAUUUGUUAAUUUUUGAAGCUGUCGUAUUUGGGAUUGGAAUCGAGGACUUCACGAUGAAUCUAGAACUGCUUGAGUCCUUUGGGCAGAAUUAUCCUGAGGAGGCAGAUGGCACUCUGGACUGUAUCAGUAUGGCGCUCACCUGCACUUUCAACCGCUGGGGCACCCUGCUGGCCGUAGGCUGCAACGAUGGCCGAAUCGUCAUCUGGGAUUUCCUCACCAGGGGCAUCGCCAAAAUUAUCAGCGCACAUAUCCAUCCAGUCUGCUCACUGUGCUGGAGCCGAGACGGACACAAGCUAGUCAGCGCCUCCACAGACAACAUUGUAUCCCUGUGGGACGUCCUGACUGGGGAUUGCGAUCAGAGGUUCCGCUUCCCCUCCCCCAUCCUCAAAGUGCAGUUUCAUCCCCGCGACCAGAACAGAGUUUUGGUGUGCCCAAUGAAGUCGGCGCCAGUACUUCUUACGCUGUCUGACUCCAAGCAUGUGGUGCUUCCGGUGGACGAUGACUCAGACCUCAAUGUGGUGGCAGCAUUCGACCGUCGUGGGGAGUACAUCUACACGGGCAAUGCCAAGGGAAAGAUUCUGGUAUUGAAGACAGACACCCAGGAUCUAGUGGCUUCUUUUCGAGUGACAACAGGAACCAGCAACACCACAGCAAUCAAAUCUAUCGAGUUCGCUCGCAAGGGCAGCUGUUUCCUCAUUAACACAGCGGACCGGAUAAUCCGGGUGUACGAUGGGAGGGAGAUCCUGACGUGUGGCCGUGACGGAGAGCCGGAGCCCAUGCAGAAGCUCCAGGACUUGGUCAACAGGACGCCCUGGAAGAAGUGCUGCUUCUCGGGAGACGGGGAGUACAUUGUGGCUGGCUCGGCCCGGCAGCACGCCCUCUACAUCUGGGAGAAGAGCAUCGGCAAUCUGGUCAAGAUCCUUCAUGGCACCCGCGGAGAGCUGUUGCUGGAUGUAGCGUGGCACCCGGUGCGGCCCAUAAUUGCUUCUAUCUCCAGCGGAGUGGUGUCUAUCUGGGCCCAGAACCAGGUGGAAAACUGGAGUGCCUUCGCACCUGACUUCAAAGAGCUGGAUGAAAAUGUGGAGUAUGAGGAGAGAGAGUCCGAGUUUGAUAUUGAGGAUGAAGACAAAAGUGAACCUGAACAGACAGGUGCUGAUGCAGCAGAGGACGAGGAGGUAGAUGUGACCUCUGUGGACCCAAUCGUCGCUUUUUGCAGCAGUGACGAGGAGCUGGAGGACUAUAAGGCCCUGCUGUACCUCCCCAUCGCCCCGGAGGUGGAGGACCCAGAGGAGAACCCUUUCGGCCCGCCCCCAGAUGCAGCCGGCCAGACCAAUGCCUCUGACGAGCCCUCUGCUGGCACAGGCGGGGUUGACAAGAAGCAGCGGCAACCUUCCACUGAAGGGGCUCCCCCGAAGAAGAAGGCCCGGACCACCACCAUCGAGCUACAGGGUGUCCCCAGCGAUGAAGUGCACCCGUUGCUGGGCGUAAAGGGGGACGGCAAGUCCAAGAAGAAGACAGCCGGUCGGCCAAAGGGAUCAAAAGGUAAAGAGAAAGAUUCUCCCUUUAAAGCCAAAAUCUACAAGGGCGACAGAGGUUUGCCUUUGGAAGGAGGAGUGAAGGGCAAAGCGCAGGCAGAUAUGGGACAGCCCACAACAGGGAAUUUGGUGCAGCCCCAGUACAAGCAGCACGAAGUGCAGGGAUUGGACUGAAUUGCCACCCAAAGAGAAACAAGCUCAAGGAGGAAUUGAUCGGUGUUCUCCGGUCUCUGAUUAUGCGGACCUGCAAUACAAAGACAUCUCUCUUGCUCUGGCAUGGAUGACAUUCCUGGCUCCGGGGUCUCUCAUUUCAUUCCCCCUUCUAGACUCAAAUUGGUGAUCAGAUGGAUGCUUGGGAGGAACUGCUGAAACAGAACUCAGGGUCAAACCGCCAUGUUUUAGUUCAUUGACAGAAUCCAUCGUGGCUGAGGGUGAGGUUUCCCAGCCCAUCGAUGGAGGCACUUUUUCACACUCAUGCAGCGUGACCUGACCAGCUGACGGCCAAAGGCAGGGGUUUCCAAGUCUGCAGAUCAUGUUGGCAGUUUUUUUCUUUUCCCCCAAACUCCUCCAUUAACAAAAAGGUUUAAAUGAGCACAGCUGACUCUCCCUGAUAAGGGUGCGUGAACUUCUGUCUAAAAAUUGCCCCUUUCCUCUUGGUUUUGAAAACGGAAACCUUUUCAUUGUGGAUAUUUGAAGUCCUUCAAAGAACUUUGUACCAUGAAGCCAGAACAGUUUUUAUUUUUAUUUUUAAGGUCAUGGGAACGUUUAAUGAUUUUUAGCUAGUCCAUUUUUUUUGUUUUUUGAUAUAGAUAAAGGUAAUGUGUACUGUGUAUUUUUCUGUAUGUAAAUAUUUGUUUUUCAGAGAAAAUCUUUUACGUGCUGCUUGGAUGUUUUUGGAUCUAUCAUGAACCUAUGUCUGUAGCAGAUGUUAAAGGUUUCAAGUGCAAAUUAAAAAAAAA